AAGUCUCAUCUUCCCCAGCGCCCACACCGGUACCACUGCUGCGAUGCAUAACGUCAAGCGUACUCGACAGACUCCUGAGGCUCUUGCCGAAAAGAAACAGCGAGAAAAGUCCAAGAUCGAGGAGUACCUCAUUUUAACAGACGAUGUGCUAUCUCAAAAGAAGAAACGGGAGUGGAGCAAUGAUGCGUUUGAAUUGACUCAGCGUUUGCUCCAGAUCAACCCCGAAUUCUACACCGUGUGGAAUUACCGUCGGAAUAUCCUCCUCAACGGUAUAUUUCAUCAGAGUACUCCCGAGCAAAUCAAUGACAUUCUCUCCAACGAGCUCUCCAUGACCACUACAGCUUUGAAAGCAAAUCCAAAAGUCUAUUGGAUAUGGAAUCACCGUCGCUGGUGUCUCGAGAAUGUUCCAGACGGGCCGGAACGUGAUGGGAUACCGUCUAUGGAAUGGAGACAGGCAAAUUGGAACAAGGAACUCUUUGUAGCGGAGAGGAUGCUUGACGCAGAUGCAAGGAAUUUUCACGCUUGGAAUUAUCGUAGAUAUGUCCUCGCGAACAUGCCCACAAGAAGCCCUGAGACCUCAGAGUUGGCCUAUACUUCUCGCAAAAUCGGAGCGAAUUUCUCCAAUUUUAGCGCAUGGCACCAAAGAUCUAAGACCUUGGUCGGACUUUGGGAAAGUGGUCAGCUGGAUCCUAUCCAGUCGAGAGACGACGAGUUCGAACUCGUGAGCAACGCAUUAUACACCGACCCAGACGAUCAAAGCGCGUGGAUAUACCAUAGAUGGCUCAUCGGUUCUGGGACAAAUAAAGCACAAUUGGAACGCGAGAUACAACUCAUUUUCGAGUUGCUCCAAGAGCAACCUGAUAGCAAAUGGUGUAUGGAGUCAUUGGUCCACUAUAAGCGACUUCUGCUCCAAAAUCAUUCCCCGGGUUCCCAAAUCCUGAAAGAGGAGUGCGUAGAGUUACUUUCUCAGUUGAUGGAAUUGGACCCUGCUCGGUAUUGUAGAUAUCAGGAUUUAAAGAGGGACCUCGAUCAGUAGCUUAUCUUACUUGGUUUUCUAUUUAAUCUGUGUGUUGUUUGCGCUAAUCGAUUGUAUUCCAUUUUAAUCUCUGCCUUUCAGUUAAGUUGUGAGUCGUGACUGUC